CCAUAGCCACCCGGAAGGUUGGCGUGGUGCGGUGCAGUCUGCCCAGCUCUGGAGAAGUUCUAGCUGCUCGAGUGGAGGUGUGGUGAUGUUGCCGAGUGGGGAUGACUCUGCUCUGCUGCCGCUGGUGGAUCCGUUCGAUCUGCCAAGCUCGGAGGAGAGUAAACUGAUGCUUCACCAUGACCUGCUCGAGCGUAUGGUACACGAGGCCUGUCAGUAUUCUGAUCAGAUGACUGUGGAUCAACUGUGGGUUGUUCACCUCGUUGGUGCCCUCGAAGCAGACCUGCAUAUGCUGGAAUCUGAGCUGCGGUCCUCUUGUUGCUCAGCAGGUGUGACGAUGUUGCCGAGUGGCGACGACUCUGCUCUGCCGCCGCUGGCGGAUCCGUUCAAUCUGCCAAGCUCGGAGGAGAGUACACUGAUGCUUCGUUGUGACCUGCUCGAGCGUAUGGUACAUGCGGCCUCUCAGUAUUCUGAUCGGAUAACUGUGGAUCAAUUGUGGGGUGUUCACCUCGUUGGUGCCCUCGAAGCAGACCUGCAUAUGCUGGAAUCUGAGCUGCGGGAUGCGGCGUAUGCUGUCCCCAUCCUUACCAAAUUCGUGAAGUGCUAUGUUCUGGUGGGAGUGCUACAAUCUGCCUUCGCUCUGUCGCUUGCACGAAUUGGGGCCGCCUUCCUUGCUGCUUUACAAGACCUCCUUUCGAGUCAGGCACGCCUACGGGAGGAGACACUUCCGGCUGGGAGUCGACUUGGUGACCUCCAGAUCGCAGGUAACGCUGGCAUUUGCUUAUGCUACACUUAAAGAGGUGGGCAGGCCGUUUCAGCCGUGGGCAACAUGACUCUGGUGAGCCUCACGUAUGUGGAGUUGGCUUCAGGCACAGUGGGGUGUCCUUCGACUAGCACCACCGUACUGCAGAGGUGACGUGCCGUCAGCACGGCAACAAGUCGUCGGCCUACAACCCAUUGGAUGGGUCAGCCUAACUAAUUGUUCGCAUCGACAGUGCCCUCGUCAGGAUGUCCAGCUCAGCCGUAUUGAUGCCGCCCAUGUGAGCUUGCUACACGACACUUCUGAAGGUUCUGGGGGAGGCGCGCUCCCCAGGGACUCGGGGCACUUCAAGAGCAUCGGCCCUGCAUACAAAUUGCUGCAUGGGAAUCAAUUAAGCUCGGUGCU